AUGGUUUUGAUGGGCGGUAAAAGCAGCAUGAAGGAGAAUUUGUACCCAACAGAAGGCGUCCCACCUCCUGAUUCUCCUUAUUUCAAUUAUGGAAAUUCGGGUGGAAAUAGAUUGCCUGAAUUGGUAAAUUCCAAUGUAGAUGAAAUACUCAAUAGACCACCCUCAUGGCUUAUCAGGUGGGGAACUACCGUGUUCUUUUUGAGUUUUGUGCUGCUGAUUGGCAUCACCUGGUUUGUGGAAUACCCCGACUUGGUAACCGCCCCUCUCAAGGUGGUAUCCAACAAUACCCCAAAAACCAUCAUCGCCAAAUCUGACGGUAAUCUUGUGCAAUUGAUGGUAAAUGAAGGCCAAAUGGUGCGUAAAGGCGACCUGUUGGCAUAUUUGGAAAGCACCGCAAGCCAUGAGGAGGUCUUGCAGUUGGAAGAAAAGGUAAACCAACUCGUAGCUUUGGCCGCCAACAAUGAUAUAGAAGGCAUUCAAAAAUCCGAGAUUCCCUCUUAUUUCAAUUUGGGUGAAUUGCAGAAGUCCUUCCAGGCCUUCCAACAAGCCGCCAUGGCCUCCAAAGCUGCUGCGAAUGAUGGCGUUUUUAGCAAGAAAAAAAACACUAUCCACAAUGAAAUAGGCUCAUUGAAAAGAAUAAAACAAAAUACCAAAAGCCAAUUGGAAUGGCAGGCCGAAGACCUCAAAAUGGCAUGGGAGGAAGCACAAAGCCAGCAAAGAUUGAGCGAAAAGGGUUUUUCGUCCAAAUUAGACGCCAAAAACGCAAUGAGUAAAUAUUUGGCCAAAAAACAAGCAUACGAACAAGCCAAAGGCAAUUUAGAAUCCAAUAUGGUAAGCCAACUUCAAAAACAACAAGAAAUAGUAGAAAUAGAAAAAAAUGUUUUUGACCAGCAGCUCACCCUCAUCCAGUCUAUCAAUACCCUCAAAAGCGACAUUGAAGCAUGGAAACAAAGGUACGUGGCCACCGCCACAAGCGAUGGCAAGGUCAAUUUUCUGAGUCAUUUACAAGAAAACCAAAUCCUAAAGGCUGGACAAGAAUUGCUCUACAUUCUGCCCGAAGGCUCAGGAUAUUAUGGCGAAAUGAUG